AUGGAAUAAAAAGCAAGAUGGCGAAUGGCUGUCAGUAGAAUUCGUUCAGAGCUGUCAAAUAUUUCAAAGGAAAAGCCACUGUGCAGAGUGCAUUUGUUUUUUCAAUAAUGGCUUAUCUAUUUCAACCUGAUUAUGUGAGAUACACCUGCAGCUGCGGCUCUCUAAAGCCCAUCUCCAGGAUUUAUUUUUGUCGACAUUGUCUGAAAAUACGCUGCGGCUACUGUGUGUCUCAUGAGGUGGACUCUCAUUAUUGUCCCAAUUGCAUGGAGACUCUGCCAUGGUCUGAAGUACGAUUGAAGAAAAAUAAAUGUUCAAACUGCUUCGAGUGUCCUUGCUGCUUUCAAACUCUCACCAUCAGAGCAGGUCAUGCUCCCCUACGUUCGGCCUCCUUGCAGGGCCCUGAGGAUGUCAAAUCGACCCCAAGGAAGGUCUACUACCUUUGCUGUUCCCUCUGCCGUUGGAGUUCUCGAGAUGCUGGAAUUCCAGAUCAGUUUGUGGCAACUGGUGGCUGGCCAGAGCAGGAGAACCCUCACGCUGCCAGGAUAACAGCCCUCAUCGACUUCCACAGGAUCCUGGCCUCCAGGGAACGCCAACAAUACGAAAAGAAAAAAUUCGAUCCCAAACGGACUUGCCUGCAAUUCGAGAAGUUCGGUCUUACCUCGGCCAUGGCUCGGAAAAGGGCAGGUUUACCUGCAUUUUCUGAGCCGAAGUGGCAGCAAACGGAUUAUCCCCAGCCCUCGAUAGCCUCGGAUGAGAUUCAAGAGCUGCCACAUUCGAUUUUCACCGAGGAAAUUGACAUAACGAAGAUCACGACUUUGGAGCAACGACUGCAGCAGCCUGAGGUACAGGCAGAAAGAAUCAAUGAGCUGCGACCUCAGCACAAAAGAUUCCCGGUGAAGAGAUCUCAGCGGUGUAGGACGUGUGAACACAAUGUCAGCAAGCCAGAGUUCUCACCGGAGUCCAUCAAAUUCAGGAUUCAACUCUCUGCAUUUUAUCAUGUCCCUGAAGUGAGAAUUGUCACGUUCGAGCCUUUGAAGGUCGGCAAAACCAGUGAACUUCUUCUCAAAUUUUGCAAUCCCACCCAGCAUCAGACUCAAAUUAUUUUAUUGGAUUGGUGGGCUGCUACUGUAGCAACCACCUUGGGGCCCAGUGGCCAGAGGGAAGAGCUCAGAAUUGAGAAUUUACAAUUGGGCGGAGAAUCGCCGAAUCUGAUGCCUUCAGCUGUGAGACAAGUUUCUGUAAUGGAGGAGCCAAAGACCGUAAAAAUAAUCCCUGGAGCUUCGAUUGAAUUGCCCUCGAGUGCAUUAAUACUUCCUCCAAGGGAUGACACUGCUGAGUACGAUGACUCCGGAGACACCCACAGUUUUCAGGAUGAUCCAAAGCUUGUUGUUUGGAGAAAAGGAAACAAAGCUAUCCUGAAACUGCAGAUCACACCUCAGAUACCUGAAGAGAGCAGGAAAAAUGAUCCAGUGGUGGUCGGUCUGGUGAUGCAGUACGAGUACGUGAAUACAAUAGCAACACUCGAGCACAAAACACCCCAGAAAGUGGACUUGAAGGUUCAAUUAUUUUUGACACUCGAUAAACUCUCUGGUUUCUCAUAAUUACUCAAUUAAUCUCAUCAUCGAAGAGGUGAAUAAUUUGUCUCGCUUUGCAACUCCUCAAACUAUAAUUUUUAUACUCACGAUUGGCUUAAGCACUCGAGAAUGAAUAAAACAAUGGUUUAUCGAAUAAAUA